AUGCAGGAACCUCACCACCGGAAGAUCGAGCUCCAGUCAACUGCAGACCUCUCCUAUCUCUACACAAACGCGCUCACCGUGGCCCGCGAAAAGAUUGAUCUCCAUUUCCCUCCGUCCGCCAACGAUGACUCGGACCCUAUGAAAGAGCGUUUCAUAAACAAGACAUUCACCUCCGCCAUACCCUCUAUAAGCAUAAAUGGAAUCGACACCACGGCAUCUACAUCAACGAAGCAAAGCUCUGCCAAAGAUGAACAAGCGAUUAACCUUGAAUCGCUACUGACAGCUCGCGAAUCGAUUGAAUACGAACCGUUUGACACCGAUCUUGCAACGAGACUUACAUCUCUCUAUGCGCAGUUGGAAUCACUCACGACAACAGUCGCGCAGAUGAGACGGGAUGCACCGCUCAAGGCUGCAAAGGCAUACGAAGAUGCACUCAACAAUGCAUUAUUAAAUGAUGACGAAGACGAGGAUGAGGAUAUGCUAGAUUACGAAGGCUACGGUGACGAGAAUAAUGUUAAACAUAAUGACACGGACCAGGAACAAAGGCGGAAAGACGAGCAGAGAAAAGAUAUGGACCGAAUACAGAACCUACUUAGAAAGCAUCCUGAAUGGCUUCUUCAACCUCCUGAAGCAACAUCCCAGGAACAAGAGCGAUGGCGGGACGGAGAGAUGAGUGAUGUUUAUGCUCGGUCGCUAGAGACGUUGUUUAGAUUACAAGGGGAAGGGAGUGGGAUUGGAUAUGAAGAUGAAGAGGAGGACGGAAGCAGUUAUAGUGGCAGUGCUCCCCUGGCCAGGACGGUGGGCAAGGUAGAGAGAGCACGGCUUGCUACUGGAGUAGUGGAGAAGAUGUAA